AUGUCGUGCUACCAGUGCCUCCCUGCAGCCCACCAGGCCCCCGUGCCCACCCCGUGCCCCGGCAGACCCCGGGCAGCGCCCGCCUGGCGCUCGACGCCGUGCCUGGCCCAGAGUGUGACCCGCCUCGUGCCCCGCCAGCAGCUCCUGCCCUCCAGCCUCUGCCAGCAGCAGCUCCUGCCCUCCAGCCUCUCACCGGGGGGUGACCCCGUGUGUGCCCCAGCACCGGGGGGUGACCCCGUGUGUGCCCCAGCACCGGGGGGUGACCCACAGCAGCGGGUGCCCGCGCCGUGCCCGCCCAUCGCCGUGCCCCCCCAGCAGAGCGUGGCCCAGGCGGUGCCACCGCCCCAGCGUGUCCUGCAGCAGCCUCGGUGCGUGACCACCUGCGUGCCCACGGGCGUGGCGGGCGUGUGCCAGCCCCAGGGCGUGACCCAGUGCGUGCCCCAGCAGCAGCAGCGCCCGCCCGCCACCGGCCCCCCGCAGCAGAGGUGCGUGACCACCUGUGUCCCUCGGCCAGCCUGUGCCACCAAGGGGGUCCCCCAGCAGCAGAGUGCCACCAGGUGUGUCCCCCAGCAGUGUGUGAGCACCCUGUGCCCCCGGCAGGGCGUGCCCAGGUGUGUCACCACCUGUGUCCCCCAGCAGCGAGCGGCCAAGGGGGGCUCGUACCCGCACCUGACCUGCCAGGGACCCCGGCGGGGUGGCACCUCCUCUGUCCCCCAGCAGAUCUCCUGUGUCCCCCAGCAGAUCUCCUGUGUCCCCCAGCAGAGUGUCACCUCCUCUGUCCCCCAGCAAGGUGUCACCUCCUGUGUCCCCCAGCAAUGGGCCUCCAGGUGUGUGACCAAGUGUGUCCCCCAGCCCAGUGCCACCGACUGUGCCUCCAUUUGUGUCCCCCAGCAGCAGGGUGAGACAGUUUGUGUCCCUCAGCAAUGUGCCACCAAGUGUGUCCCUUAUCAGAGUGUGACCAAGUGUGUCCCUCAGCAGCAAAGAUGUGCCACCAAGUGUGUCCCUUAUCAGAGUGUGACCAAGUGUGUCCCUCAGCAGCAAAGUGCCACCAAAUGUGUCCCUCAGCAAAGUGCCACCAGGUGUGUCUGUUAUCAGAGUGUGACCAAAUGUGUCCCUCAGCAGCAAAGAUGUGCCACCAAGUGUGUCCCUCAGCAAAGUGCCACCAAGUGUGUCCCUCAGCAGCAAAGUGCCAGCCAGUGUGUCCCUUAUCAGAGUGUCCCUUAUCAGAGUGUGACCAAGUGUGUCCCUCAGCAGCAAAGUGCCACCAAGUGUGUCCCUCAGCAGUCUGGGACAAUUUAUGUCCCUUACCAGAGUGCCACCAAGUGUGUCCCUCAGCAAAGUGCCACCAAGUGUGUCUGUUAUCAGGGUGCCACCAGCUGUGUCCCUCAGCAAAGUGCCACCAGCUGUGUCCCUCAGCAAAGUGCCACCAAGUGUGUCCCUCAGCAAAGUGCCACCAAGUGUACCUGUUAUCAGAGUGCCACCCCGAGUGUCUCUCAGCAGCACUGUCAGUCAGGUGGGGUAAAAAUUUCCAAUCACUUCAAAAAGUACAUCUCAGCCCCCAAGUGGCCCUGGUGAAAAGGAGCAGGGGAAGGAAAACCCCUGGAAAAGGGGGAGGCCCAGCUUUGGGACGGGGGUUAUUUGUCUCCUCGGGCACCUGGUUCCUGUCUCCCCAAUCCGCUUUAUCCCUGUUUUCCAACGUUUCCCCUGGAGCUCGGCUCUGCCUGGGUGUGUUCCUGUUCCCGUGUGAUCCCAUUCCCGUGUGAUCCCAUUCCCAGGGCUGCUCUCCAGCUGCCUGUGGCUCGUCCCUGGAUCUGCUGCCAGGCACAGUUUGGUGGGGUGGGAUUAAAUUCUCACCCGACUCGAAUAAACGGUGAUUUUAAAGCAAAAUAAUAAUAAUAAUUCAAGAAAGAGAAACGUCCCAGGAGUCCAGAGCACGGCAGCACCACUGGGAGUGCUGCUGGAGCGGGGCUGGCCCCUGCCCAGCUCCGGGUUUAGUCCUGGGACUGGGACUCAGAGUUCAGGUCCAGUUGGGUUCCACUGAACUGGUUCUUACUGGGGAGCCCGAGGUGGGUUUGUGGAGCAAAAGGUCCAAGAAUCUCACCCAGAAUCCCGGAAUGGGGGAGGCUGGAAGGGACCCCCGUGGGUCCAACCCCCCUGAGAGUUCUGGGGUCUCCCCAGGGAGGGGAGGGACACUCCAGCCCCUCCCGGGGGGUUCGGGCACCUAGAGAGAAGUUUUCCCUCCUGUUCAGGUGGGACAAGCCCAACCCUCUCAGAUUGUCCUCCUAAGAGGGGAAAAGGCCCAGGAGAGGCCGUAUUCCAAAGGCUUUCCCUUUGGGAAGUGGCCAGAAAUUCCCUCAGCCCAGCCCCUAAACAGGGCAGGAUUUCUGGCUCCCUGAAGCCGAAAUGAAACGAAGGUUUUCCUUCACUUGGUUGCUUUAAUUAAAAUCAAACCUCACCACCUGAAACAAAAGCAAAGCCUUUGAAACAACACUGAAAGCUGCAGCACGGCUGUUUUGUAAAUGUUUAAGCUGUAAAACGCAAUUGAUUGUGUUCUUUGUGCGCUCUUCACUGCGUUGAAAAUAAACUUUAUUUGUACACACAUAUAUGUAUAUUUACAUACAGAGAGACUUAAAUAAACAGAGCUGUCUGAGCCUGGGU